GGUAACGUUUUUGAAUAAUGUUUGUACUUGACGCGAACGCGUCUAUUGUUGAAGCAGGUAGUAGUGAUCAUUUAUUGAAUAAUUGAUAGUGUGUGAUCAAAUAUAGAAUGAAGAAAUGUGCUUCCAUGAUAAAGAAAAUAAUGACUUUCUCAACACAAAAAAUGAACUUGAAAGACAUAUUACCUUGACAAAAUUUGAAACAUCUCUGCAACAACUUGGUUAUACGAGAGAUUUUAUCUAUGUAUCUUUUAAUGAAACAAUCAGUCACAUAAUAUAUAUUUAAAGCAUAAUAAAGAAAAUAUUAAUUACAUAUUUAAUGAAAAUGAAUACGGAACACGACUACAAUGUAGCAGUUAGGUAUAGAACUGUUCGUAAGCAUUUGGAUAGCCUGGGAUAUAAACACUCUAUAGCUUUGGAUUCAUUGCCACUGAUAGAAAAAUUGUUAGCCGAUCUUCUUCAAACAACAGAAAGUUUGAAACAUUUUAAAAGCAUUGCACAAGACAAUAUCGAGGUACAUUCUCAGUUACAAUCUGCAAUUGAUCCUUAUAAAUGUGACAAUGCAAGAUUGGUAGAUGAAUGCAACCGUCUUCACUUUGAUUUGUCAAAGGCAAAGGAAAAUCAUCAGAAGCAAAUCAAGGAUCUGAAGAGAGAGAUACAUAAAUUGGAGCGUGAGUGCAAUGAUCUUCAACUGGCAUCUUCUCGUAAUUUACAUAGAAUUAAGGAGUUAGAAACAGAAUCUUCUAGGAAAUCUAAAAAGAUCCUAGAAUUGCAAGGGAAAUGUUUGAAGCCAACAAUUAGUAAUGUUGGACUAGCUUCUAAGAAGCGUCCUUGUUAUCCUCUUCGAAGAGCAGUUUUAGAAAGUGAACCAUUACCAAAAACAGGGACUAAGGUCAAUCCUCUGCCAAGUUUAAGUACAGUGGAACCGAAGACUGUUGACUUGUUAAACAUGGCAGACCAUAAAAUGAAUUGUUUGACUCAUGAGGUAACAAAACUAAAGGGAGAACUUUUAUUACAGACUGACAAUGCGCAAAUGCUAGAAAGUCAGUUAACUGACAAGGAAAGAGAAAUCAUAAGGUUGAAAAAAUUAUUAGAAGGCGGCAGACCAUAUUCUGCAGUUUCAAAGGAUUGUCCCUGUAAGAAAAUGGAAAGUAAUUUUAUAACGUCUACUGAUGGGAUAGAUCUUCAUGAGUUAAAGAUUCUCCAGAAAGAAAGAUUAGAGUUGGAGCAACAACUGAAAGAAGCUUUAAAUAAACAACACGAUGCGAUGACACAAGCACUAAAACUUGCGGACCGUAAUGAAGAAUUAGAGAAAGAAUUACGAGACAUAGAUCACAUAGCUUUAGCUGUGGAAGCUGACUGCAAUUCUGCUGUUAAAGAAAAUAACGAAAAAGUUUCCAAGCUUCAGCAAAAGUUGCAAGAUCUCAUGACCCAAGUACAUAUUUUAGAAGGUGAAUUAAUUGUUGAACGCAGGGAAGUACAGGAAUUGAGAGCGGACCUCGAGGCUUGCAGAUUGGAGAAACGUAAUAUCCAACGAAAUUUAGAAUCUACGUUGGAUGAAAAGAAGCAUAUAAUAGAUAGGAUAAAUGAACUGACAAUAAUUGAAAAAAAUUUGAACGAUGAGAUAGAUAGACUAUCUAGCGAAAACGAGAGGCAAAGACAAGAUGUUAUUCAAUUACAGUAUAGCAAUAAAUUAUUAAAGGAACAAAUACAUACGAAGGAAUCAUUGCAAGCUGAUGCCGAAAUUUUGGCAUCGGUUCAAGAAAAAGGGAAGAAGAACGAUUACAAUAGAGGACAAAACGGAAUAAAUAUUCAAGAAAUGUGCAGAGGAAGAGACAUUAAUAUAAACAGUAUUGAAUAUGAAAGUAUACGCAAACAAUUGGAUGAGAAAGAAACUCGAUUGAGUAAUUUAGAACAAGGAGUUGAAAAGCUGAGAAGAGAAAGGGACUUUUACAAGAACGAAUACAAUAACGUGAAAGAUCGUAACAAUAAAACUAUAGAAAAAGAUCAUGAUGAUCUGUGGUCAAGAAUUCGUGAAUUAAAAUACCAGUUAAGUGAGAAAGAGACCAUGAUAGAUGAAUUACAGCGAGAAAAAAAUGAACUAUUUCGAGAAAAGACUAAUUUAGAGGGGCGAUUGCAAAAUUAUAAAACCGAUCAUAAAGUCUCCCAUCGACCUUGCAAUAUAUGCAAACACAGCAUUUCAUGCAAUUGUUCUUCUCCUACUUUCAGGGACACUAACAAAGUAAAGGGUAUUAUUGAACGUUUGGAACACGAACGGGAUAUGGCCCGAGCAGAUAUUGAACGAUUGAUGGAAGAGCGUGAUGCAUUACGAGAAAGAUUGAAAAUAGCAGUAGAAGCACACACGUCCGAACAGCGUCGAUUAAGAGAAACAUUGUCCGAAGUGGAAACUCGUUUGAAGCAGAUAGAGAAAGAACGACAGGAGCUUUUGCUCACCCAAGGAGCACGACGGGCAACCAUAAAUGGAUUAGAAGAUCAAUUGGAAGAUCUACGAGAGGAGCUAAAGCGAACUAAACAAGAAUUGUCCACUCAACGCACCCAGUAUUUUCAACUCAGAGCACUACAAGACCAGACCGAUCAGUCACUGGGUGACACUCAGAAUCAAUUAACUCAAUCGAAGUCCGAAUUAAAUAAGGUGUUGGAUCGCAAUAGAACAAUGGAACGACAGCAGUUACAGUUUGAAAAUCAGAUAAAGGAUUUACAGCAGGAAAUUAAUCAUUUAAAGACAAACAUGACGCACUUGGACCAUGAAAAGGAUCAAUUGCUGAUGGUAUUGGAUGAGAAAACAGAAAGAAUAGCCGCGGUAGAGAGGGAAAUGAUGCAGAAGGAUCAACAGGUUGUAGGAUGCGAUCACCAGAUCCGAGAAUUGCAACACAAAAACGAAUUGACCAUCGAGAGAGCUGCGGAACAAGAAAGGCAGACGAGGGCGAUGCAGUUAGAAUUGGAGAAUUGUCAGCGUCAGCUGCAGGCGUCUACCUACGAUCGGGAAAACGCUAUACAAGAGAAUCGCAGGAUUCAGGAUGAUCUGGCAGCGUGUACCUGCGAGGUGAGAAACAUGCAACGAGAAUUAGAGGCGUCGAGAGCCGAGUCCUUCGACCUGAAGAGACAGCUGCAGACUUACGUUAGCGAGGUGCGCCGAGCUGAAGAGCUCCUCAACAGAAAGGAAAAUGAAAGAACGGAGAUGCUGAACCAUUUUAGAAGCUUAAGCUUGGAAGCAACCGUUUUGGAGAAUAAUAAUCACAGCUUGGAAUCCGAGGCAGCAGAGGCGCGAGGAGCACUUCAAACAGCCAGGGAUCGUGUGCUGGACUUGGAAAGGCAGCUGGCCGAUAAAGAGAGUCUGAUAAGUGGCUAUGAGACUCAGAUCAGCGAGCUGACUCAAAAUGUUGCCAGCAUGGAAACUCAGCUACGCCAGCAGGGAGACCAAAGGCAGAGAACAGAGGCUGACUUAACUGCUGUUAGAGAUCUCUGCAUGAAGUUGGACCAGCAGAAGGACGCGCUUAUGCACCAGUUGGACGACAAAGAUUCGAUUAAAGCACAAUAUGACAUGCAAAUUGCUAAACUGAAAGCCGAACAGACAAUAAUUCAGGACCAAAUGAACAGGGAUCGCGCGACUGUAGAACGCCUGGAAAUGCUUCUAGAUCAAGCCCGACAGGAGUCUAUAACUGUGCAAACUAAUAAUCAGGAACUACAAAAUGAAAUGUCCAGAUUGAGAACAAAAAUGUCCGACUUACAAAGCAAACUGAGCUCGGAAUCGGCGAAGCUUCGACAGUACCAAACUCAGGCUGCCGAGUAUUCUAAACAGAUUAGUGAACUUCGUAGACAAAUGACGAACGAGAGAUUUGAUCGUGCUAGAAAGGAGGAAGAAAGUCGGAGAUAUCCAGAAUCCCAUGACGAAGAUUCAUCCAAACAAAAUAGAUUUUCACCUCCCAAUAACAAAAUUCCUAAUGGUUCCAAUGGUACGGUGUGCAGGCAAGUAGACUGGCCGAAGAAACCGUACUCCUCGAUUUCCAUACACUCCAAUACACAUACACCUGCGCGACAUUCCUUCCCGUUGGAUUGCAAGUGUUUGCCCCUGAAAAAGGCUUCACAGAACGCAUCAUCGAAUAAAUUGCCAACUGCAUCCUUUGCUGCAAUCAACAAAGCAGUCGCUUCAAAGCAAAACAAUACCAAUAAACGUUCAGAGUUAUGAUGCAUUAGAGCUUGCACAAAUUAAUAGUAAUUGUAACGGUUCAUUUAGUGGCAGUCUUAAUACAUUUGCAGUCGCAUAUAUGAUUUCACUGGUUUCAAAUAAAAAAUUAAUAAAUAUAAAUAAAUCAAAUGUCAUUGAAGUAA